AUGGCGGACGUGACAGUGCUGAGAUGCUGGCCAGCCUGCGUCGAUGCAAUCGAUUGGUCUUCCGACGGCAUCAUUGCAUUAGCGUCGGAUGAGCGCGUAGAGCUGCUCUUUCCGAACACCGUCGACUUCGAGCGGGAUCAAGUCUUGCCGCAAUGGCAGCAUGUGCCUCUCAAGGUACCCUUGUUCUCGACCGAUGAGCUCCCACUCAAAGAACCUGCGCCAACAUCUAACUACUCCGUCGGCGAAGAGAUCUCUAACAGCGCUCCCAUCAGCAUCGCGUGGUCACCGCCCGGUAUUGCUAAACAUCGAAAAUGCGCGCUUGCUGCUCUUACCGCAAACUUGACGCUUUCCCUCUGGUCAGCAGCAGAAGGCAAGCCAGAAGAAGAGACCAGUUGGACUCGACGAUUGAUCAUCAACGAUGCGCUCGUUGACCACUUCGGAGACUGGGACCACGAACCUAGCCACGUGGUGCACGAUUCCAAGGAACGACUGCGGUCGAGAGGCCGCAUUCGAGCGUUCGCCUGGGCACCCGCUCUGCCUUGCCCAGGGCCGGCUGGUGUUGUCGGUACUCACUUGGUAUACGGCCCGCACAUGCUAGUUGUCUCUGAUGACGAUAAUCACCUCGUGUUUCUCAAGGUUGAAACGCCCACGUCCUCCCUAGGAGCUGAGCCAGACUGGAGGGCAGACGUUGCAAAGCACGAACUCAAAGGCAAUAGCAGGGCCAAGGUAUGGGGCCUCACGAGAUCUCCGCUAGGCGACUUCAUCGCGGCAUGCAACAGCGUACAUCCUUCCGAUAUGAUCGAGUACGGUAUUCCGGCUGACCGUAGUGGUGCCGUGGCUAUCAGCUCUUUGCGACCUGGCAGCCGUUCACGGGACAUCUUUCCAAAAGAGAACGUAACUGCAGAAGGACUCAUGUACAGUCUUAAGAAGUUGGCAGAAGAAGUUGUCGAGGACCCUGAUGACAUACCUGCAUUCGCGGAUGAAAUGGUUGGAAAGCUAGUCGAGACUUACACAGGUCCUCCUGUCGGUGAGAUGAGCGCGACCACAUCAGCAGCGUACUCCGAUGUCAACGAUCUCGAUUCGUUGAUCAAGAAUUUCAAGUCGUAUGCUUUCCUUGAAUCACCUACACUGAAGGAUCGCUACACCAUCCUCGUGUCUGAAGCCUACAAGACGCAGAUUAGUAAGGAGCUACCGAAGACUCUAACUGCGUAUCGCCUUGCCGUAGCCUUGCAACAACUUCCUUCAUCACUAUCGCAUACGCCGUUCAGCGCAGAAAUUCGCACGCAUCACAAACAACUCGUCACACUCAUCAACAUGGUCAUGGGCUAUGACGAUGCAUCCGAGUCCUUGCCCGCAGACAGAACUUCGGAGCAGGAAAACGCAUCAACAGUCAGCACCGACACGCAUGGCAAUAGCAUUUCGACGAAUCAAGGCCCAGCAGUCCCAGUAGCGGAUACUUGCGAUUUCUGCUCCGCAUUUAUACCGUUCGCAGACCCCCGAUCAGCAACUUGCACCAACGGACAUGUGUUCCCUAGAUGUGGUCUCACUUUUCUGGCUAUCCAGGCGCCCGGCAUCACGAAGUACUGUGGUAUAUGCAGCACACCAUUUCUGAGCGACGAGUUCAUCAUGGCCCAAGAAGACGUGGAACGCAAUAAUAGCUCCGACACUGAGGAUAACACGGUCAUGACUGGCGUGACUAGAAACGGCAUGGUAUCAGAGGAAAGGGAGGAGAGCAGCGAUCCGUUGAACAAGAUGGAUGAAGAGGGUUCUAGCGACCAAGAAGGAGGUGAUCAAGAAAGCAACGAUUCCGACGAUGAAGGCGAUGUGUACGAACGAAAGGAAAUCCCUGUCACGCUGGCACGGGUACUGUUUCUUGCUUGCGAUGCCUGCAUAUACUGCGGUGGCAAGUUUAUUGGUUGA